CUUCGUCUGCUUCCUCCUCCUAGCGCCGCGAGGUCUCCCUACCCAAAACGCCGUCGAUCAACUUGAGCACGAAACAGCCACUUGGACCCGGACUCUGACAUAUUCUGACAUCGGAGGGAGUCAUCCGUACAAUGCUUUCAAGAACAACCUCUUCUUCUUCCACGAUAGCCCCUUCAAUUCCUCGCUGUUCCCUCAACAGAUCACCAUGUCCAGACUUUUGAUGUUUGCAAGCCUUAGGAGAGGUGCACGGUCUCUUAUUACAAACAAGCAAACUAGACAUUCAGAAUUUGGGAAAUUUGGAGCGGUUGUCAAGCAAACAAGCCAUUCAGAUUUAAGAAAGUAUGGAACGGUUGUCAGUGUUGGACUUCGUCUGCCCCAAUUUAGAGUGUACUCACAUUAUAGGUUUCAGGUUGGGGGAAAUUCCUCAUCUCUAUUGCACAAUGCCAAGGAAGUGUUGCCCUGGAGCUCUUUCUCCAGGAAUUACUCUAAAAUCUCUGCGAGCAGCACUGUGAUUCAUCGCACUCAAGUUGCUUGGAAAAGGCUUACUCAACAAUGUUCUGCCAAUGGUCGAACUUUUCCUUGCAUAAGCAGGGUUGCUCAGGCAGUCAGCUUGGCGUUGUCCCGCUCACACCUCGUAGUUCCUGGGGUUUUUGCCUUGACAUGUGGACAAGUGGUAUUGGCGCAGAGAACGGUAGCAGAAACAGAACGUUUCCCAUCACAGAUUUCUUUAUACAACCAUGCGCAAGAUGGGCAUGCAUAUUUAACCUCUUUACUGUUUUCUGUUGUAGAAGGUCUUAUCUUGGUAGUGAGGGCUCUCUAUCUUGCAGUAUUAUUCUCUCCUAGCAUAGUGAUGGCACCCUUUGCUGACUCUUGUGGACCUCAGUUUAGAACCAUGUGGCUUCAGGUUGUUCAUCGCACGCUGGAAAUGGCAGGUCCAGCAUUCAUAAAAUGGGGUCAAUGGGCAGCAACACGGCCUGAUCUAUUUCCAGGUGAUCUUUGCACCAAGCUCUCAGAGCUGCACAGCAAAGCUCCUGAACAUGGCUUUGCUUAUACAAAGAAAACUAUAGAAAGAGCAUUUGGUCGUAGGCUUUCUGAAAUUUUUGAUAGUUUUGAAGAGGCACCUGUUGCAUCUGGAAGUAUUGCUCAAGUGCAUCGGGCUUCAUUAAGAUUCCGUUAUCCUGGUCAACAGUUGAAGCCCAUGGUAGUCGCUGUCAAAGUUAGACAUCCUGGUGUUGGUGAGUCCAUUAGGAGAGAUUUUGCGAUAAUCAACACCGUUGCAAAGAUAUCAAACUUCAUUCCAACUUUGAAGUGGUUGAGAUUGGAUGAGAGUGUCCAGCAAUUUGCCGUUUUCAUGAUGUCCCAAGUUGACCUUGCGAGGGAAGCUGCCCAUUUGAGCCGUUUUAUUUAUAAUUUCCGUAGAUGGAAGUAUGUAUCUUUUCCUAAGCCUGUGUAUCCACUUGUGCAUCCUGCUGUUUUAGUGGAAACUUAUGAACAUGGGGAAAGUGUUGCACAUUAUGUUGAUGAACUCGAAGGACAUACUCGGAUUAAGACUGCUCUUGCUCACAUCGGAACUCAUGCACUUUUGAAGAUGCUUCUUGUGGACAAUUUUAUCCAUGCUGACUUGCAUCCUGGAAAUAUCCUUGUCCGGGUGGCUCAGAGCAAGUCUUCUCAAAAACGGCUCUUUAAAUCAAAGCCUCAUGUCAUUUUCCUUGAUGUGGGCAUGACUGCUGAACUUUCUAAUAGUGAUCGUGUAAAUUUACUGGAAUUUUUUAAGGCUGUUGCCCAUCGAGAUGGCCGCACUGCUGCAGAAUGCACACUAAGACUAUCACAGCAACAAAACUGCCCAAAUCCAAAGGCUUUUAUAGAGGUAUCCCAUGCAUAUUGAAAUUCCUUGUAGAGAAGAAUUAUAAGAAACAAUUUUAAGGGUCUAGUUUGGUUAGUGGUGGUAACUGAUUGGAUUUAAGAAAACCAUCCCUUUUUGAGCCUUGAAUUGUUUGUUUUCCUAAGAGUAGGGUUUAUUCAUAAGUGGGCUAGGAAUUUACUGGCUCAUCAAUUUGGAGAAAUUUUUGUGAAAAUUUUUUGUAUGGCUAGAAUCACUGAUUUCAAAAUCCUUUUAUCAAUGGUUCUUGGUAUUUUUUUGGCUGACUAUGGUUCUAGGUUGAACCUGCAUGUUUUUUCCUCUCCACAGUUAGUCUCUUUUCUGUUGCAUUGUUGAUCCAUGGACCGUGUUAGUUGUCAUUAAUGUUCACUGACUCUGUUCCAAAUUUGUGUUUGUGUUUGUUAUUGCUUUCUGCCUGAUUGUGGAAUUUAGCGCCAUAAAGUCAAUGUUGAUGGCAACGUAUGCACUGUACUGGUCACAACUUUGGUUCUUGAGGGUUGGCAGAGGAAACUCGAUCCAGGAUACAAUGUGAUGAACACAUUACAGACACUGCUACUUAAAGCUGACUGGGCAAAGGAUCUCGCCUACACAAUUGAGGGGCUGAUGGCUCCCUGAGACUUUUUAAAGAAAAGUGGUUUGGAAUACUUCCUUCAAGGGAUGUCCAAAAUAUGGUUUGUUUCAAUCAUAUGUUCUGAUAAACAAUUUUGAUAGCCACUAGACCACAGGAUACACUAGUCCUAAAUAAUAACAUUAACAUUUCAUUUAUUCUCUGAAAUUUUGAGAAAUUGUGAAGUUUCAUUCACAAUUCUGUAAUUAUGUUGUGAUUGCAUAUGGACGUUAUAUUUCACAGGCAAAGACAAUGAAAAAGAUGGAACAAG